AUGAAAAUACCAACGGAUCUUACGCAGCGCAAAAUUUCUGGAGGUCAAGAAUUUACUUAUGAAGGCAUUCAUGGACCACAAUAUUGGACAAAAGAUUACGGAACAUGUACAGGUAAACAUCAAUCACCGAUUAACAUUGAAGAACAUGAAGUCGAGGACGUUAGUUUUCCUUCAAUAAAAUUUGUGGGCCUUCAAAAUCCUCAAGUAGUUACAUUAACUAAUAAUGGACAUACAGUGGCGAUAACAUUCGACGAUCCAGAAGCCAUAAAAAUCUACGGAGGUCCUUUGGAUACUUAUCCGUAUAUCUUCAAGCAAAUGCACUUCCACUGGGGCUCUGAUGACAAGGAAGGCUCUGAAGAUCGUAUAAAUAACAUUGCGUAUGCCAUGGAGCUCCAUGCGGUGUUUUAUAAAAAAUCUUACGGAUCCAUGGAAGCUGCGAUGCAUUAUGCUGAUGGUCUUGCAGUUUUAGCUUACUUUGUUGAAGUUGACAAUACUGAAUUUAAUCCAGUGUAUGAACCACUAUUAGCAGCCUUUCCAAUGAUUGAAGAAGUCAACACCAAUGUUACAUUGAACGGUCCAAUAAAUCCUGAAAAAUUAUUAUUACCUGGUGAAAUAAUUGUCUCAGAUUAUUAUACGUACCAUGGAUCUUUAACUACUCCGCCUUGCUCGGAGGUGGUAAUUUGGAUUGACUUUAAAGAUCCAUUCCGAAUGAGUCAUGAGCAAAUUGAGGCCUUUAGAAGUAUUAAAACAUUUGAUAAUCAAAAACUUACUCACAAUUUCCGGCCAGUUCAAAAAUUAGAGGACAGAAAAAUUUUUAGAAAUGUUAUUGUGAGUGACUUGUUCAAUUCUGGAGAUAUUAAGACGAUUUCAUCGUCCCUAUCAAUCACUUUCGCCGCUGUAUUGUUAACCAUUCCACCGGAACUGUGGUUCGCAUUCUUCGGGCUUUAA